AUGGAGCAAGAUGCGCAGCGAGCAAGGCAGAGCGACAUCCGCCGGGAGUCUGACUUCGCUCCCUCGCAUUAUUUGAGGCUGCUGAAGACUCACAAUCCCAAUUUGGCGAGGUUGCCUGCAACGAGAAAACCGAAGAGUGGCCGGAAUAAAGGGCCUCCACAGCUACAGCCCCUAGGUGAGGAUCGCAAGGACCGAAAAGACACAGAGAAUGAUCACCUCCAUGUCGGUGCACUCACAAGCCGCUCGGCGGAGGAGGAGGCGGAGGUAGCGGCCGAGAAGAGAGGCAUCAAGUCCCGACCGAAAGCACCGAAGGAACCCAUGGUAUACUUCACCGAUGCACUUGGCCGGAGACAAGCCAGUCCUAAAGCAGAGGCUUUUUCGAACCCCAGCACACCAAGCAGUUCCCGCCGGCCCCGAGCAGUCUCACCGUUCCAGUUUCCUACAGAGAUCUCGGAGACCACAGAGAGCCGAGAAACUCUGAAGCAACAGUGGUCCCUCGCCCAGUUCCUCUUGCGUGAUGGCCUCGAAGCAGUGGCGAGUGACUCUGCCAUCAUGCGGACGGCACGUGGAGCCCAAGACUGCCUGGAGUUCUUGGAUCUCUUGGAAGAGUGUGCUGGAAAGCUCGGGAUGCGCACAGGCGCCUUGUCCCGGAUGCUCCUGCCCUUCAACUCGGAAACGGACUCCGGCGACCAGGCCAACAGUGCUCUUGAGGCACCGCUUGGUAGCCCCGAGCUGGAGGGCUUGCUAUCGGACCGGGAACGACAGGAGCUGGUUCAGAGAGCUGUGGCCCUUAGAAGACUGGUGCGUGUGAAGGUCGCGGACUGCGCGGAUGUGCAACAGGCACGCGACUCCUUACAGCUUAUAGCCAACUUCCUCAAUGCCCUUCGAAAGACCGCAGAGGAAGAGAAGCGAUCUUUGACCUGUAUUCUUCGGGAGCUAUGCUAUGCUUUCAUUGGCGGCCGCGAGACAGCACCGACGGCAGAGGACCUUGGCCAAGUGGCAGAUGCACAAAACCCCAGCGCCCCCUGUUUUAGCUCAACACAAGCACAUGGUCCACUGGUAAACAUGCUGCCGAUGGUAUGCAGCACGCGGUUUGCAGCUCCCACAGCUUGCAAUCUCAGGUGCUUCUGGGUGAUCCUAGCAGCUUCAGGCCUUGCGGCAUCCUCUUUGGAGGCCUCCUCUGCGCCUGCUUUGCCGCCGCUUUCUUUGGACAACUUCGAGGAUGACGAUUGUAUCGAGUCUGGCGAGUCAGAUGUGCUUCUGCACUUGAUGCAUGAGCUGGGUGGUGUCCUGGAGCAGGUUCUCUCCAGCAUCACGAAAGGUGAGGUGGAGGAGUGGGAAUCGUGCUGUAUGCUGGGAAGUCGCUUCUCAAGCUUUUUCUGCCUGUGUCGCAUCAAGCCUGCCAUGGAUUUCGACGAGCUGGAAGAGCUAGAGCGGAAGCGGGGCGCUAGUGCUCCAGCUUCUCAUGCUGCAGAGCGGAUCGGAGAGCAGUUUCUGCGCGCAGCGGGGGCCAAGACCUUCCAGGAGCUGCAGGACAAGAAGCGGCUGGAAAUCGCGUCAGUGCAGCUGCCCGAGCUGUCCGAGCUCCCUUUUCCAUUGAGAGAUCUUCGCAGCUUGGAGAUGCUUCUGGUGAGCCGCUCGCACGUCCGUGGCCUUCCCUCGAGCAUUGGCGAUCUGAGUGGCCUCCAGUUCCUAGAUGUCUCGGCCAAUUGUAUCGAGAUCUUGCCAGAGACGAUCCUUAGUUUGAAAUCUUUGACACAUCUCAAUAUCUCCGACAACAAGCUGGGCAAGCUGCCGUCUCCUUUCGGGCGCUUGACCAGUUUGGCUGUGUUCAAUGCCAAGAAAAACUUGUUGCGCGAGGUUCCGGAGGACAUCGACGAAUUACCCUUGGAAGACUUGGACAUGACCGAGAAUCGACUGGAGAGCUUGCCGAUGAGCAUUGGUCGCCUGUCGCGGCUGCGAUCGUUUUGGGCUGGGGGGAACCAGGUCGCGCAGCUGCCGCCCGACAUGGGCAGAUGCCUAUGUUUGCGAGGGGUGCAGCUCGCACACAACAUGCUGGAGGCUCUGCCAUCCGAACUCUGCACCUUGACGAACCUGCAAUACCUGGAUCUUGCCCAGAACUGGAUCAUGGAGCUACCGCCCCUCGAGAACCUCACCGGAUUGCAGACACUGGAUGUGGGUAGCAACUGCUUGGUGUCACUGAACUUCGGGGUGCUUCCCUCCUUGCGCAAGCUGCUCGCACCCGACAACCGGAUCGAGCGACUGCCACCACGAUUUGCAGAUUUCUUGAUGCUGCACACAUUGGAUCUGCAAGGCAACCCGAUUGCCGAUUCCCUGCAGCGCGGCAGCAAACACCCGGAUUGGCUAAGCCUCUGGCUGCUGCAAUGUGCGGGCGCUCUGCGGAGCUUGCCGGGCCUACAGGACUGCACGCCCAGCUUGCUCAAUGAUGGGACACUGGCCUUGGAUGGGUGGCAGCUGCGUGGUGAGAUGAGCUCCACGUUGACUCGGCUACGGGGUGUGAGCUGCUUGAAGGCGGCAGACAAUCGGAUUACGCUGUUGCCGGAAGAUCUGGGAAGCAUGGCCGGCCUGGACUCUCUGCUUCUUUCGCACAACGAGUUGUCAAAGCUUCCCGACACGAUUGGUGGUCUCGACCGCUUGCAGCUGAUGGAUGUGUCUGCCAACCAGCUGCUCGACCUCCCCGCAGGCUUCAUCUCCCUGAAAAGCCUGCGCAAGCUCGACUUGAGCAAGAAUCGCCUCAGCGCACUACCUGAUGGCUGGGGCCGACUGACAAGUCUACAGCACGCAGACUUGUCAAUGAAUCGGUUGAUCGCGCUUCCGACAGACUUCGGACAUUUACCAGCCCUAAAAUGGCUCAGCUUGGCUGGCAACGAGAUUGUUGGCUUGCCGGUGAGCUUCAAGCAGCUACGACAGCUGACGGAGCUGCAUUGCGAAGGAACCCCGCUCGCCUCGCUGCUGGUGCAGACGGGAGAGAUGUUCGAGCAGCGAAUACUUUGGGAGCUGAAUCAAUGGGGUAGGCUUGCCUUGAUCAAAUUGCAAAUGCAGCAGCGAGGUCCGGUCCCAGAUGGCCUUGUGCAGUGGAGAUGGGUGCCAGCGACGCCUCCUGAGCCACCACCACAAACUAAAGCUGCUGCCGCCCACGGGUAUGGACCAGGAGAAGCUCCGAUGCCCCAGUCUCAGCGCAAGGAUGGAAGUGCACGAUCCGGUGGCAUGGACGAGGCUGCAAAGGUGGUGCAAGGGCUGCGUUCUCGCCUGGAUUCUGCGGGAGACGAGCAGGAGGCGCAACGACGCUUGCGCCAGAUGUUUCGAGAGUGGCAUCCGGACAAGCGCAGCGAGGCAGAGCAGCAGCUCGCCACCCGCGUGUUCCAGUGGCUACAAGAUGUGAAAUCGAACUACGCUCGCUGCAUCACCAACGUCAGGAUCAUCACCAUCACUGCUGCCAUCUACACCUUUCUCACCACCACCAGCACCACCGAGAAAGCCUGGGCGGUGUUCGACAAGUGGUCUGCUGAAGGCCGCGCAGAUGCUAUGCAGCAGCUGGCCCCGGCUGUGCUGGCAAGGCCUUACUGCGAGCCUGGCAAGCUGGCAUGGCUGGCAACCACCUGCAUCUUGCUUCUUAGAGGAGCAGAUGCGGAGCAAGCACUGGAGUGUGCCUCCUCUUUGGAUGAGGACCUGCUGGGACAGAUGACGGUGCUCAGCUACGAGACGAAGCACAACACGCGCUUCCACCUGGUGCUGCGAAGCCCCUGGCCGGCCUUUCGAAUGCUGGACCUGCUCGCGCGGCUCAUACCGGAGACGCCAGGCCACGCUUUGUGGGCUUGCCGGAAGAACACCAAGUGGAACAGUGACCCAGACGUCUUCGAUUGGCCGCAGUUCAAGAAGCUUCUCUCGGAAGCCGUAGAUGAACUGGUGUCCGAUGAGUCUAUUUUCGAUCUGAAGCCCUCGGACGGCCCUUUGUCCCAGCAGUACUCGGCGCGGUGGCAGCGGAUCCACUCUUUGCCCGCGAUGAAGGAAGUAGUGUACUUCUCGCACGACGUCUUCGAUGCAUACCGGCAGCACCACUAUAAAGCUGGCUGCCAUUUGGGAGUUAUCUCCUGCUAUAUACUUCAGAUCUUCGUGGUACUGCUUCGCGACAUUGAAGGUCGGCUGCACAAGCAAGUGGCUAGUGUCGCACAGCUGGUGAACAUUUACGGGCCGGUGCAGCAAACUGCCAAGACGGAUUGGCCCGUGUUUCGGCUUCUACACUUUGCUAGCUUGCUGCAGCGAGCUCAUCCGCAUGAUAUUUGGAAGGGGAACCAGGACAACGAACACGCGGCUGCAAGAGACGCGGCUAAGUCCUUGGUGACAGAAGUGGACGCAGUCACCGAGACCAAGUUUGCAUCGGGAGGCGAGGCUGCGCCGAUGGCUUUUUUGACAUCAGCUUGGGGGUGGAUGUCGAAGAUUUUGGAUGCGGUGUUAAAGCGCUGGCGAGUGGUGUCCAAGACAUCCCCCUUGCUGGUUCUUUGCCGGGAUCAUUUAGCAUUAAGGAACUGCAAGACUUCGCAGAAGUUUAAUGACAAGCGGCCAUUGGUUCAGUGCAUCGAUGCUCCUCAACGUUUGGGCGUUGAGACCAUGGUCGCAAAGUACAUAGCCAUGGCCUCCAUAGCGAGGUCGGGCAUGCACGCUGUAUGGCUUGACUUGGAUGUGUUCAUAGUUACCGACCCCAGUCCCUUUGUGAUGUCUGAACUGGCCAGACAGCCAUCUGCCAGCCUUCUCUUUUCGCGGCACAUGCUGUCGGAGUCCGUGACUCCCGCAGUUGUGAUAGCCCGGCCGACUGAGGAAGCAGUUUCCCUGCUUAUGGGGUUUGCGAGCUGGCUGCGUGAAAACCCCUACCUGCUGGACCACAAAGCAUGGGACCAAUUCUUAACCAACAACAAGGGGGACUUUGCUGGUGUGUUUGAUUACAAGGGCCGGAACACCACGGGACAUGAGACCGAAGGUCCAACGCACACCUUUCUGCCAAGGGUUGGCCUGGCUUCAAUUAACAGCAACUGGAGCUUCAUCAAGAGUGGCUUUUCAAGUGGAGAUGGUUGGCGUGGCCGGGAGGAAGAUGUGGUGCUCUUCCAUUUCUGGGGUGCUGAGGAAUCUCCCGAGGAACUCUUCCGGAUUUUCUAUAACAAGAAGGCUCUCCUGUCUCCAGCCUUAGACCCCAACGCUGCGAAGAUUCUGCAGAAGUAUCGGCGAGAACCUGUCUCAGCGCCGCUGGUGUCGGUAUUGCUAAAGAAGGAGCCCCUGUACUUGGUGGCCAUCAGCUAUGCGCAUGGUUGUUGUCGAAAGUCGCUGCAGCGUAAUAGAGAGCACGCGCUCAAAGCUGGAGUGGAUGCAGCCAGAUCCUACGGGAAGCAACACCUGGGUCCAGACUGGUUGGCUGCAAACCACCAAGUCCUGUCGCAGAAGAGGGGGGCUGGGUGGUGGCUUUGGAAGUCCUAUGUCAUCCUGAAAACCCUCAAGGAUCCAUCGAUUCCUUGGGACAAAGGUGUGGUUUUGUGGGUGGAUGCGGGAAAUUACCUGCAUGCAGAUCCAAGGCCAUUUCUUUCCUCAGCCUUGGAGGAGUCAGACGUCGUGGCCUUGCGCCUGAAGCAGUGCCUGGAAGUGGACUGGACAAGCAAGCUAACGCUGGAGCAGAUGAACAUGUCUUCAAGGUAUGCUUUGAUCGAUCGGCCUCAACUUGGCGCCUACUUCCUGGCAUUCCGAAAGACCAAGGCCGUCCUCUCGUUCGUGGAGCAGUGGCUGAAGCUCUCCGAGGAUCCUGAUAUCCUCAUGGGCCUGGCCGUGCGCAACUUGAACUCACACGGAGGAACUGGAACCUUGACCAGCGACAUUCUGGAUGACGAGGUGCCGAGCUUCAUGACACACCAAGCGGAUCAAAGUAUCUUCUCGCUGCUCUUCAAGAGACAUGGUUACAGAGCCAGUUCUCUGGAGGCAGGUCACACGCCCGAGCCCCGGAUGACAAGUGCGGUGCUGCAGAUACCAUGUGGCAGUUGCACUGAAGUCUACGGCUCCACGCCAGGGUGGUCACAUUGGAUCGCUGGCGCGAGUGAUGUGGGCAUGCACGGCAAGCCGAAACAAAAAGAGCUUUCUCAGUUGCUCCGCUCGUCAGCCUGCCCCUCCUUUGCAGCAGAAGUCUUCUUUGAUACCCAUGAUUCGGAAACCAGGUCGAAUCGAAAAUCAGAUGUCGAAGCAGCUUUGCCGAUGCUGCUGAGUCGCUUGGUUGCACUUGCCAGCUCCAUCUUGGCAUGCAGCAGAUAUUCUGAUAUUCUGCUUGGACAACCUGCUUUUGGCUUGGUCGGCAUUGCACGCAGUGCAUCGCAGAAAAAUGCAGCAAAGGCAUGCCGCG